CACGCUGUAAGAACAAUAGUUUAAUUUGAUUCUAAUAUAUCUCUUAUUCAGAAUUCUAAGAAACGACGCCGAGCGUCGGUAAGCGUCGCGUCACGAACAACGAGCAACCGCGAAGUACAUACCACUAUGGCGCUAUUAUGGCGGUCCGAAAACUUGUUUCCUCUGCGUGGCGUCUUCUUCGAACUUCUCUGGCUCGCAUAGCUCCGGCCUUUGCACAUCAGCGCCAUCACCUUCCUCCUUCUUUCCCGGACAACCACCACAUGCUUUAUAGAUUAAAAUAUGAUACGACGCACAGCAAUAUAUAACUGGAGUGUCUUAUGAAAUAAACUAAUUUUAUUUCAAUUAUAAAAUAAUACUCAAGUAUUUAUCUCAGGACAAACAUUUUUCUUUAAAUAAUCAUUCGACAUGAAGUGAAAAUGAAUCGCUUGCCGAAUUGGAAAAUACUACAAUAUUUUAAGAAGCGAAAACAACAGGAUCCUACUACCCUAGAAUAUUUGCAUCGUGAUAUCGAGACGGACAUUCACCUACAACCAACGGAAGAUUUAUUACGAAGUCUGCAAACUAAUACGAAGCGUGGCCUAUCCACGGCUGUUGCACGCGAUCUUUUAAACAAAACUGGACCGAAUGUACUUACACCAGCGAAAAAGACUUCCAACGUUUUAAAAUUCGUAAACCGAUGCUUCGGAGGAUUCUCUGCGUUAAUAUGGGUGGGCGCUUUUCUCAGUUUUUCCAAUUACCUUUUGGAACACGGAACACACGGCGAAGCAUCCAACGAACAUUUAGGAAUUGGUAUCGUUCUUGUUAGCCUGAUUUUAAUCACGGCACUCUUUAGCCAAUAUCAGGAAUCAAAAAGCUCUCGAAUCAUGGAAUCGUUUCAGCAAAUGUUACCGCAAAAAGCGAUGGUCCUUAGGGACGGUUCGAAGAAGAAGUUGAACGUAGCCGAAUUGGUCGCCGGGGACAUUGUCCUUUUGGAAACCGGUGACCGAGUACCCGCUGACAUUAGAGUCCUGGAAUGUCAAGGUUUGAAGGCGGACAAUGCUUCGAUCACCGGAGAAUCCAUUCCACUUUUGAGGACAGCUAACGUUCUUCCAGUAAAUAGCGUCCUCGAAGCGAAGAACAUGGUAUUCUUCGGCACCGAUAUAGUAGAAGGCACAGGGAAAGGAGUCGUAGUUAGCCGUGGUGACCAGACGGUGAUGGGUAGAGUCGCUAAGCUAACAUCGAAAUUAGUAUCAAGACCGACCCCUCUUACCCGUGAGAUUAAUAGAUUUAUGGUACUAAUCUCGGGUUGGGCGGUCUUCCUUGGAGUUCUCUUCUUCGUCCUGUCCAUCGCUCUGGGAUACACUUUGAUCCACUCCACAGUAUUUUUAAUUGGUAUCAUUGUAGCAAACGUACCAGAAGGACUACUCGCUACCAUGACCGUUUGUCUGACCCUAACAGCCAAGAGAAUGGCGCAUAAAAAUUGUUUGGUAAAACGUUUGAAAGCUAUAGAGACACUGGGAUGCACUGCUGUUAUCUGCAGCGAUAAAACAGGAACGCUGACUCAAAAUAAAAUGACUGUGCGACACAUGUGGUUCAGUGGUGAAUUGAAAGAAGUAAUGUCUUCCGACGGGUGGAGAAAAUACAUUAAGGAUCCAGAUUUUCAUAAUUUAGCCAGAGUAGCUAGUCUUUGUAAUCGAGCUGAAUGGGCGCCUUUCCCUAAAAGGAAACCUCUACCCCCUUUGAACAAGAGAAAAAUUUUGGGGGAUGCAUCUGACGCUGCUUUAUUAAAAUGUAUGGAAGUGCUGGUGAAAGGAGGUGUGGAUACUUACAGGAAAGCUUAUCCAAAGGUGUUCGAGAUACCGUUCAAUUCGACGGACAAGUUUCAAGCUAACGUUCACGUAUACAAUAAUAAGCACUUCGUUGCACUGAAGGGCGCACCAGAAAGAGUAUUAGAACGAUGCUCGACCGUAGCGUUCGGUAACGAGACAAGAGUACUGAAUGAUGAAAUCAAGAAUGCUUAUACGGAGUCUUGUUACGUUCUUGCGAAUAAUGGCGAACGUGUACUUGGCUUUGCCGAUCUCGAUCUGCCGACUUCUGAUUUCCCUCUCGGCUACGUCUUCAAGGAUGAUCCUCCAAACUUUCCUCUUGAGAAUCUCAGACUAAUUGGAUUGAUGGCGAUGAUGGAUCCGCCGAGGCCAACAGUAUCGGAUGCAGUGUACAAAUGUCGUUGUGCCGGAAUCAAGGUGAUCAUGGUAACUGGUGAUCACCCUGACACAGCAAAGGCGAUCGCAAAAUUAGUAGGCAUCUUCACCGACGAAGAUCUUUUCCACCCCGAAGAAGACAAAAAGCAUUGCAUCGUGGUGACAGGAAUGGAAUUGCGUGACCUGAAGCCAGAAGAACUGGAUGCAAUUAUAAGAGGGUAUCCUGAGAUUAUUUUUGCUAGAACUUCACCAGUACAGAAGCUUCAGAUCGUGGAAAGUUGUCAACGACUUCAUUUGAUCACUGCGGUCACCGGUGAUGGAGUCAAUGAUUCACCGGCAUUGAAGAAGGCUGAUAUUGGUAUUGCCAUGGGGAUUGCUGGCUCGGAUGUGAGCAGAGAAGUUGCUGAUCUUAUUCUAUUAAAUGAUGACUUUGCAUCGAUAAUUACUGGAAUAGAAGAGGGACGAAGAGUGUUCGACAACCUGAAGUCGAGCAUCGCGUACACUUUGGCCAGUAAUGUUCCAGAAAUAGUACCUUUCCUGACGUUCAUUGUUUUCGGGAUUCCUUUACCUGUGGGCGUGAUCUGCGUGUUAUGCAUUGAUCUUGGUACUGACAUAUGGCCAGCUGUGUCACUGGCUUAUGAGAAAUCAGAAUCAGAUAUUAUGCUGAGGAAACCAAGAAUACCUCACAUAGAUCAUCUGGUCAGUCAUCGGUUACUCUUCAUGACUUACGGACAGAUCGGCAUUAUCGAAACCUGUGCUGGCUUUUUCACAUACUUUGUAGUUAUGGCGGAGCAUGGUUUUCUACCCGGUACAUUGUUUCGCCUGCGGUCACUAUGGGACAACACUGUUGUGAACGAUUUGAAAGACAGUUUCGGCCAAGAAUGGACGUACGAACAACGCAAGGUUCUUGAAUACACCUGUCACACUGCUUUCUUUGUGAGCAUAGUGAUCGUCCAAGUAGCCGACGUGAUGAUCUGCAAAACUCGACGAAACUCUCUUUUCCAACAAGGCAUGAACAACUGGGUCCUAAAUGUGGGAAUACUUUUUGAAAUUGCUGUGGCAUGCAUCGUGUGCUAUGCUCCUUAUAUGGACAAAAUUCUGAGUACUUAUGCGUUGAAGUUCGAAUGGUGGCUCCCUGGUAUUCCAUACGCUGUGAUCAUUUUGAUCUACGAAGAGCUUAGGAAGCUUUGGAUCAGAAAAAAUCCUGAAGGAUGGUGGGAUCGAGAAACUUGUUACUAAGUUUUAAAAAAAGAAAUAUAAACAGAAGUCAGCUUAUAGUACUUGAGAGCAAUUUGAAAAUGUAACACUAGAAGAUGCUUUCAUUUUGAUAAAAAUUUAUUGAAACAAAAUGGCCAUGCAACAUUAACAGAAAGAAGUAUCAAAGAAAUAGAAAGGCUAUUAAUAUCUUCGCUCUGCCUGUCGAUAAAAUUAUGAUUCUCAAUAUUUUCUGAUAAAAGAAGAGCUGUGUUGUUCGA